UAGCAUAACAAGCGGCAGAUUUCUAUAGGAGGCCAACGGCGUACGAUACGUUGUUGCAAUUGGGCUUUUUAUCAAUCAGUACCACUUAAAUGGGUUCGGCCCACGUCAUUAUAAAAUGUUUAUUUGCAAAUUAUACGUAAAGAAAAAAACACGUGGCUUGUCUCUGAGGAGUCAAAGAAAUGCCCUAUAUAAACCCUCAUUUCAUUUUUCCCGCCAUUUCUUCCGAAUCUGUGGAGUGUGUGUGUGUUCUUCGGCCUCUUCUUCUUCAAAAACGAAAGUCCGAAACCUAAUAAUUGGGUGGGUGGGUCCGAAUGGGGCGAGAAAAUCCGGCGGCAGAGGAAGCUCUUUGUCUGCUGCGGAGCAGACUUUGCGAUCCCAAUUUCAUCUUCAAACCUUUGUCCGAUUCUCCUGACUCUAACUACAGCAAAUUGAAGUUCAUGAUAUCGAGUUCCAUCACUGAGGCCUGUAACAACUCCGUCCUGCUUCUUGGUCCCCGUGGUUCUGGAAAAGUUGCGGUUCUGGAGCUUGUUCUGAGGGACUUACUACUAGAAUAUCCUGAUAUGAUUUCUGUGAUAAAACUUAGUGGCCUUUUGCACAGUGAGGACGUUUGCGCUUUCAAGGAAAUUGCUAGGCAGCUAUGUGUGGAGAAUCAAUUAUUGUUCUCAAAAAUGGCGUCAUUUGAUGAUAACUCCCAGUUCAUGAUAGCCAUGUUACGGGAGUGUGGUUUAGCUCAUAAAACAAUCGUUUUUGUACUGGACGAAUUUGACCUAUUUGCUCAGGGAAAACAGCGACUACUUUAUAGCUUGCUAGAUGCAAUGCAGUCAGUAACUUCACAGGCUGUUGUCAUUGGUGUGAGUUGCAGACUGGAUGCUGAUCAGCUUCUAGAGAAAAGAGUCAGAUCUCGUUUUUCACAUAGAAAGCUAUUGUUUCUUCCUCCAUCUAGUGAGGAUUUACAGAGAUUGAUGGAGCAUAUUUUAUCAUUGCCAAUAGACUCAAGCCUUCCUCAGGACUAUGCGGUUGAAUUCAAUGCAAAGCUGCAAAACGUUUUAGCAGAUAAGAGAUUUAAAGUAAUUAUUGAUACAUAUAUGAACUCUGAUUCAACUGCCAACCAUUUACUAGGAUUUCUGUUUCGUGCUGUUUCCAAUAUGAAACUGGAAAAUGGAUUUUUAACACUGGAGAAUUUUGAAGCUGCUCUCUCAAAUGUCCAAAGGCAGCCAAAACUGGAAUCCCUAAAAGAUUGCUCCAUAGUGGAAUUAUAUAUUUUGGUAUGCAUGAAGAGACUGGAGGUUAAGGAGCAGAAUUCAUACAACUUCAAUUCAAUGAUGAAAGAGUACAAAAGCAUACAUGAUUCACUACGGACACCCGAUUAUUACUCACGCAGUGUAUGUUUAAGGGCAUUUGAACACCUUUUGCAACGAGAAUUAAUCAGUUUUACAGACAAGAGAGGGCAAAAUCAAUCUGUUGAGUUUCAUCCAGUAAAGCUUUUAGUCUCAUUCCAUGAAUUACAUCAGGGGCUGAAAUCUUACCGUUCCUGUCCCGCCAUUCUCCAAAAAUUGAUGGCUGGUUAGCUGCUUCGUGUGCAGAUGAUCAUAACAGUUGGGGAUGUAGAUUAUGCCAUUUGCAGUUAUUCUUUCAACACCAAUUUGAUGCAUUUUUUUUUUUUUUUUUCAAAUUUAAUUUUUUGGUUAAUCUUUUUAGAGAGAAUUUCUUGUACGCUAGCGUGGCUAAACAAUUUUCCCUUCUAUGCAAGUUCAUCUAUCAACAUUUCUUUGA